UUUCAUUUUUAGUAACUCCGAAAAAAAAAACAAUUCUGGCAUUUAAUAGAAAAUAGUUUCGAACAUUAAAAAUCGAAUAUUAAAUUUCGAAGAAAUUAUAUAUUUAUGGCAAUACAUUUACUUCUCACAAUCCGCAUGAUUUAAAUUUGAAGUAUUAAUUCUCGUAGCUGACUUAUGAAUUUCACUUAAACUGAAAGACUUGUAAUGACGGAAAGAAAGACUUCGAGAUCUGGUGCUUAUCAGUUGCGUCACUUUGUGGUGUCAUUGUUUUGUGUGUUUGCGCUUGUCUGUAUAGUCACCUCUUUAUACAGUAUAACAAAUAAAAUUAGCAGCAUAAGAAGUUCAGUGAAGCGCUCCGCAAGAUCACUUAAAGAGGACUCUGAUGAACUGAACGACCUUAAGAAUAGAGAAGAACCAGAAGAUAAAAAGGAAUUAUUUUCUUCAAAACCUUACAUUCAAAAUAAAUCUGCAGACAUCCAUGCUCCUUCUCGUUCACUGGAUCCACAUAUGUGGUACAGAACUAUACGAAAAAGACCAAAAGAUGCGCAUUUACUUUUACCAGUUGAGUCAUCUUACUUUGCAAAGCAAAAUAAAUCUCAUGAAAUAAAUAACAACAAUCAAGCUGUUCCAGAAACUGGAUCCACUGAACUGGGCCAUGCCUCGAACCAUGAUAUGUCGUUAAGCGAUAAAUCGAAUCAUUUAUCAGAAGAAAAAACACUUCAUGCGUCAAGUGAUGCCUCAACUCGUGUUCCAGGAAGCGAUGCAUUAUCUGGUGUGCCGGUAAGUGUUGCUACAAACAGCAUUAAAAAUGGUAGCGAAAAUAGAGAGGAAAACAAGUAUAGAAAACAUGCGCAAAAAAAAGAAGCAACGAAAUUAAAUAAAAGAAAGAAAAUCGAAGAUGGUAACAUACCGGAGUUUCCUGAAAAUUACCAUGCAUCCGGACUACUAAUUCUACCGCAUAGUGGUAUUGCAGAACCGUUUGAGAUAUGGUAUGCACCGGACGCUCACAAAAGUCGUAUUGAUUAUUAUUAUGGAACCGAUAAGACAUUUCAAAGAGCCGACAGAGGUUCACACGGAGUGUCGUAUAAAUAUGUUCCUAUGUAUAACGAUGUCCAAAAGAGUUUUGAUGGAUGUUGGACUGUCACAGGUACAAAAAACAGACCAGUGAUCCCUCAGAUCAUUACACCAAAUAUAACAUGGUUUCAGUAUAAUGGCACAGAAGUGUAUACCGGUGCUAUGACAACCAAAUGGACUUACCAAUACUACGCUUAUGGUAUGAGAAACCAUCAAACAUUUUGGGUAACAAAGGCAAAGCCCCAUCGUCCAAUUCGAUACGAGAUGUAUGGGUAUGAUAUGAUGCUUGGUUCGUAUUAUGACCACUAUGUGCUGGAGUAUAUCACGUUUGAAAUAUGGAACGGCGAUGAAGAGAUAUUUGAACUGCCUCAAGGGAUUCAGUGUUACAACUGGACAAAUUCGUUAUCAUCCAGUUUGAUUGCCAACCCGAUGCAGGAGUUUACGGCUUUCACGCCAGACAACGCCAUCAACGCUGUUGAACGCUACGAAGAGUAUAAAAUAAAACAUAACAAAUCAGAUAUUGCAUCCGAGGAGGAGAGCAAAAAACGUCAUCACAUAUUUAAACACAAUAUAAGGUAUAUUCACUCACACAACAGGAAAAACGAAUCUUUUAAAUUAAAAGAAAAUCAUUUUCUCGACAUGAGCAAAGAAGAACUGGCUGUCUACCACGGUUCACUCGAAAAAGAUACAAAAAAACACAAAGGUAUCAUUGACAUUGCAAAGCAUGAAAAACACACGGAGCGCAGCUCUCCACCUAAUGAGGAUGAUAUACCUGAUGAAGUGGAUUGGAGAGAUUUCGGUGCUGUAUCACAUGUGAAGGGACAGGGAAUAUGCGGCUCCUGUUACGCCAUCACUGCAGCUGGAGCCGCUGAAGGGGCGUGGUAUCGACAGACAGGAAGACUGGUAGAGGUAUCUCCUCAGCAGUUGGUCGAUUGUAGUUGGGGCUACGGUAACCAUGGUUGUAAAGGUGGCCAUUAUGCUGCAGCGUUGAGUUGGAUAUACGUGCACGGAAUAUCAACAGAUAAAAGCUACGGCAAAUAUCUUGGCCAGGAAGGCUACUGUCAUUUCAACGACACGUGGUUCGGAGCAAAAAUUGACGGUUUUGCUUAUAUCCAGCCAUGGAAUAAAACAGCACUAAAAAGAGCAGUCGCUAAGUACGGACCUGUUGCUGUUUCAGUAAAUGCUGCGCCAUUGUCCUUUCAAUUCUACAGUCAUGGGGUGUACAGCGAUCCGAAGUGUUCGCCUAAUCACACCCAUCACUCAGCGCUGGUGAUUGGUUACGGCAAUCAAAACGGACAAGACUAUUGGCUACUAAAAAACUCGUGGUCUAACACAUGGGGAGAAAAUGGAUACAUUAAGAUUUCUAUGGAUAACGAUUUAUGUGGCGUGACAGAGUAUCCUGUGGCUGUCGUUGUUCAUCACCCGCAAUUCAGAAUGUCUCCGAAAAUUAAAAUAGAAGCUGAUUUAAAUUCGGAUGAUCGAGACAAAGGUAAGCAGAAAUUAAAAUCUGAUAAAAGCAAGGCAAACCAGCUCUUGAAACCUCAUAAAGAAGAUGUAUCUGCCGAAACAGAUUUAUCGGAAAAUCCUCCAAAGAAACCAAAAAUGAAAACUAGCAGUACUGAGGUAGGAUCUAUGAGACCUAAAAUGCCAGUAGCCAAUAAAACAACUAGAAAUGUGUCACAUGAUCUAGAUAGUAACCAAUCACAAAACAACUUAAAAAUACCAAACUCUCAAACCGACACAACUACUCCUGGCUUGAGUCAGAGUCCACUGAAUAAACCAAAAUCUCGACCCACUCAAAAAAAAUUGAAAAGUAAACAUGCACGGAAACCGGCGUCCAAACAAUCCACCCACAAUGCAACAGAACUGCCGAUGAAAGGUGGAGUAAGUAAGGAUGUAAACAAUGUCUCAGAUAAUAAGGCGCAGAAUAAUCAUAAACUAAAAGAUGAGGAAGAUGAUUUCGAUGAGUCUGAAAAGCCAACAGAAAAACAAGAAUUUAAGACGACCCCGCUUAUUACUCCUUCACCCGAGAAGAAGUUGCAUCCAGGGAAAUCUGAAAAGGUCAAAUUAAACAAAGAUGCGGACAAUUCUUCGAACCGUAAAACGCCAAAUAGUCAUAAACUACAAGACGAUGAAGAUGAUUAUGAAUUUAAUGAGUCUAAAAAUCCUACGCAAAAACAAGAAAGUGAAACAACUCCCUUGGCCACUUCUUCACAAAAAGAAAGUAACAACAUUAACUCUCAAGAUUUAAAACAAUCUUCACAAAAGAAAUAUCGAAAUAAAUAUGACGAAUUUGAUGAUGACAAUUUAAAUAAACCGACUCAAAAGGCUACUGGCUAUACAACAUUAAACGGACUGUCAACGGGAAAAACAAACGCAAAUCAUCAAUCAAAAAAUGCAAGCGGCGAUUUUGACGAGGACGAAUCAAACGAGCCAACGAAAUCUGUCAACAGUGAUAUUUCAACCGAAACGUCAACUAAACCGGCACCGAAAUAUAAAUCUCGAAACAAAGAAGACGACCUUGAUGAUCUAGAUCCAGACUUCCACAAAACUUCAACUUCCGAAGACGAAGAGGAAUUAGAACUUAACUUAAUUAAAAACAAACCUACACAAUCGUCACGUGAUAUGGAGUCUGACCAUAUGCAGGCAUCACUCAACAACAAUGCUAACCAAUCAAUGACCUAUUUGACAAAUUCCAAUGUGGAUGUCUCACAACUAUAUGUCAAUCAAACAAAGCUUGCUAAUGAAGAAACAGAAGGAGAUAUAUAUGAUUUAGGAUCUGAACAGCCAACACUACCAGCUCAUCACAAAACACGUAUCCAGACACAUGGAUCGGAAAUAGAAGGGUCAGGAAACCUAAACAUUGCUCGAAAUGUGAGCGAGUUAAAUAACGAAGUAAUGGAGCUACGAAAAUUUCUAUCUAAUUACAAACUAAAUUCUAAGUCGCAUGGUAAGUCAUUAAACGGCACAGAUUCUUCUGCCAUUCGUCCUGGUCAAGAUGACAGCUCACAUCAAAAUCCCAUGCCCAUCCAAUCAUCAAUAUAUGGAACCCAAAAUCAAUCCAGAACCAACUCGCAAGAAGUGACAAACUUUGAUAAAUCUCAAAAUGUCACUUCAAGUAUCGAAAGUAAGGAUGUUUUUACGGUAGCCGAAAAAGCUCUCUUUGGUCUAACACAAGGUGCGGCUGUAUUGUCCGUUUCUCUGGGUAAAAAGAACGAUGAUUCACCUAGACAAAGUGUUCAAGCAACUAAACCGGUCAAGCCUGUUUCACGUUUACCUUUUGUGGGAUUGCACAUCAUGGACGCUCACACAGGUAAUAAUGAAAACACAGAUGAGAUCGAAGAUAUGGAAACCAUUAGUAGGUCUGAAUUAAACACCACGGAAGGUAGUGGACACACAGACGAAAGCGAAAAUAUAGAGGAAAAUAAAAGCAAUCGUGAUAGUGAGGCAGAAACAAAGCCAACGAGUUUCGGGUCAACAACUAAAGCGAAAAAAUUUCCCGCUGACCAACUUCCUCCAAUUUUGCAAUACGCUGGAAAUCUGUACCAUCAAGUUUUGAAAGACGAAAGAUAUCAAGCUAAUGAUCGAGAAAAGCAAAAUGUGCUGACUCAUCAAAAACAUAUUCAUCACAUCGUAAAGAAAAUGGAGGACGCGGCAGCUUAUAUUACAACGCACAAGCCGACGCUGAAUCCCGAGAACGUCGGAAUGUACGGUAACGAGGAUAAACCUUCAAUCCAGCCGAAACGUCCAACUAUUUUAGGAACAAAAAAAUAUGUGAUCAGCCGCGCGACGGAGAGUAUUAAUACAAUCCGGCUUUUUACAACAUCUGCGUCUUCAAACACAAACAAUAACACUAAUUUUGACGAUUCUUCUUUGUUUGGUGAAAACAAAUUACAUUUGAAAGUAAAGAAUAAAAACAAAAUGCGACUUGAUGAUAGACAAGAAGGUGAAGGGAAUGGCGAUACAAGCAGCAAAUACAAUGGUCAUAGGUCUACAAAUUAUAAAGGAUUUUACUUGUCCCAAGAAGAAGGACAUGCGUCAAAAAAUGAAAAAGAUGGCAGAAUGAUUCUAAAAAAUAAUUCCAACAGUGGUUUUCGAGAAAAAGUAAAAGCUGAAAGUAAAGCAAAAGAGGUAAAGCAUCGAAAAAAAGAAGCAUUUUUCGAAACAGCGCAAAAAGAAGCGGUUGAAAAAAGUAACAAUAGUAAAAAAGUUACGGUAAACGAAAGAAGUAAACAAAUGCAAAAAGGAAAAUCGAAAACACAGAAACAUUUCAGUGAAAACAAAAAGCAACUUUAUAAUAAGCAAAAAAGUGAAGUGGCUAAAGAAGAAUAUAAUCGAGGCAAAACCCUCGCAGUUGCUAAGAUGUCCAAACAUAAAAAUUACCAUCCUAUAGUUAAAACCUAUGAAAACAGCAGACGUAAGCCCAAUCAUCAGAAGAAAAAAAUAAAAAAUACCAAAAAUUUGGCACAAGAGGAAAAAAAUUCCUUGAUCACGCUAAAUAAACUGGAAAAUAAAAUAGGCCAUGCGAAACAUAAUGAACUAAAAAGCAAAAAUACAACUAAAAAAAACAAGAAUGCGGCCAAGCUAAGCAACCUGGAAAAAGCUGCGAAAGAAAGUAUGACGAAUUUGUACUCUCGUAUUGACAAAAUGGUUGCUGAAAAGAGAAAGAGAGACGAAAAGAUAACAAAAAACAGCAUUGCGAACAAAAAGAAUACAACCAACCAAGGGAAAAAGUCAAACGCAUCUCGCAUUCAAAAUUAUCCGCCCAAUACCUCUUUAAAUGUUCCAGCAUUGGCCCUUACACCUAUUCAGCAGACACUUCAACAGAAUACCCGACAGGAAAUUGUACCAAGUCUUUUAAUAAAAAAUGCCCCUCGGACAGUUCCACAGAAUUAUACAAUGAGUUCCAACCACGGACGGAAUAUAAAUAGUUCUUACGAACAGCAAAAUUUCGGGUAGAUGACAAUGAGUGAGCAACUAUUUCAAAUGUUUUAAUCAGCAUGUUUCAAAAUAAAAGUUGCGAUUUAAAAGUUUUUAACUGAUUGUAAAUUUUAAUUAUUUUUGAAUUAGUAUGUGUUUAGUCAUCGCUUUUAUAUGGCAGUCGAAUAAUAUGAAGUUUGAUUA